AUGUCUAUCCAGUCCACUGACAAGAAGUUUCAUGUCAUUAUUGCAGGAGGUGGCCCAGUUGGACUUACCGCCGCCCAUGCUUUGUACAGAGCCAAAAUCUCAUUCACCAUGCUGGAAAUGCGCCAUCAUCCAGUUGUCGAUGCUGGUUCCAACCUCGUCAUCAAUUCAGUCGGUCUCCGUGCCCUGGGUCAACUUGGACUGCUAGAUGAGCUAUACAAUGUAAGCUCUGAGCUUCGAAGCGUCCAUCGCAUGAACCACAAGGGCAAAGAUCUUGGUAGCAUCGACUGGUUCCGUAUGGAAAUGGAGAAUUUCGGUACCUGGCCCCGCGUUCUGAGUCGCCAUGACCUGUCAAAAACACUAUACGACGCUCUGCCUGAGUCGUUGAAAGCAAAUGUCAUCUGCAAUAAGAAAGUAUCCAAUGUCGAGUCAACCAAGUCUGGCGUUCUAGUACAUUGUUCCGACGGUUCAAUCUACGAUGGUGACAUUGUCAUCGGUGCAGACGGUGCUCAUAGUGCCACUCGUCGUAGCAUGCGCAAUCUCGCUCUUGAACAUGAACCGUCAGCGGUUAACGAUGAUCAGCCGUUCGACGUGAAAUUUCGCUGUCUCUGGCUGCGUUUCCCUUCCACAGCAACGUCACUUGUCUCUACGGGCACGUCGGUCGAGUGUCAUGGAGUUGGUGCAGCAACACAACUCUUCGCGGGAGAAGAAAGUGCGGUGGUGGGUAUUUAUGAGCGCCUAUCUUCUCCAACUAAGCAGCGUAUGCACUAUACCCGAGAAGAUGAAGAGGCUUUCGUCACUCAAUGGGGUCACUUGCCUGCUGGUCUCAUUUCUCUCGAGGAGGGUGUGUUGAAGCACUGGUACUGGAACUCCCGCAUCGUACUUGUCGGCGAUGCCGCGCACAAAUUCACACCUUCCACGGGAUCAGGUUGUAAUUUCGGCAUUGUGGAUGUCGUCACCCUUGCCAACGAACUUAACAGCCUGCCUGUAUUCUCCUCAGAAUUUGACAUAAACACAGCUUUCCAGAGAUACCAAGAGGCAAGGCAGGAAAUGACGGCACAACAGUGUAAUGAAAGUGGUAGCAUGACAGACAUGGCAACUUGGGGCAGUUGGUUUGCGAAGUUUAUGGAUAUAUGGGUCUUGUAUUACGGGUUUGCACAGUCAUGGCUCGAGGGACAAGAUGCUCAGAAGACUGCCACAACGCCGGUAUUCGACUACAUCUAUGACAAAGAGAGAUUGGUUGGCAGGCAGCCAUGGGCCAAUGCCGUACCAACUAAGCUAUAG